AUGACGUCCGUGUUGAACGGCAUCUGGAGUUGGGUGACCGGGAAACCCGAAGUGCCCCAGCUGCCCAAUAAUAUUUUUUUGGAAAGAGAUGUGACGGCGGAUAAUGACUUUUGGAUAUCUUGCAUUUUGAACCCGUCGUUGGAUAUCAGAUAUUUGAACGGUGUAGUGACGAAGAUAUUGGACACUGACAAAUGUAUCAUUGACAACAAAUACCAUUAUCAGCCAAAAACCGAGAAGGAAAUUCGGAACUUCCCAUAUAUAGAACUCAACAGUCCUGUCAGAGUAUCUCUCUACAGGGAAAAGAACUCUGGCAAUGCGGAAUGGAGGGUUGCAAGUUGUUUCCUAUCCAGAGACAGCCCUCGUCAUCAGUCCAAUGUGAUCAGAGCAAAUGAAUCUGUCCGUAUACUCCUCGAUGACAAUGGUCCAACACACCAAGUUGAUGAUUUUAACGAAAAUGAUGAUAACGAAGAUCAAAUGACUGUUGAAGUAUUGGGUGACAUGCCUAAAGUAAUUGGUUUUGAACAGGAAUCAAUCAUACAGAUAUUAUUUAGAAAUAACAGCUAUGUUGUGGAGAAAAUAUUAAAUGAUUAUCAAACUAUGCAAGGAAAUAAAGUACAAUUGUCAAUUGUUAAUAAAAAUAAAUUGCCUAUAACAAUUGGAGUGCAGUCAGAAUAUAUUUUUGACAUUACUCUUAAAGGAAAGUAUUUAGGAAAAUCUACUGAAAAAGUUGAAUUUAUUUUUGAAGAUAUCACUUACAAAGUAGGCAUAAACAUUGAUGUCACUGAUUCAAGACUAAUUCUUUCACCAAAUUCAGGUUUUUAUUCUAGGAGAGAAAUUGAUAUGCAGAGAUUAUUUGAACUGGAAAAUGAUCCAAUAGUUCGUGGUGUGCAUAAUGGCGUUAGAACACAGUUUCCAUCAGUCCGUUUGGCAAAUUGGAAUAUUCCAUCUCAGUUAACAAAAUGUUACUGGUCUGAAAAUGGAAAAUUCAAUCAAAACACAUCUGAAGUUAAAAGUAAUAUUCAAAAAUUAUAUCCAGCUGCUUUUGAAGAUCUUACCUACCAAAAUUACAAAGCAAAAUAUCAUACUCUUUUAUUCAUGGAAGAAAUAGAGAUUACUGCAGCUCUUCAAAAAUAUGCACAAGAAAGAAUACAUUUUGAGCAUUCAGGUGAAUAUCUAGUUCUGAAAAUACCCAAUCUUUCUGAGCAACGGCCUUCAUUAAUUACUGGUGAUCGAGCUGCAGUUACAGAUCCACCAAACUGUACUAAAAGACUAGGUGAAUGUGGAGUCUAUGAAGGCAUAAUCCAUAAGGUUUUGGCAGAUGAAAUAUGGUUAAAGUUCGAUCCAGAAUUCCAUAGUAUAUGUGGCCAUUGGGAUUAUAGUGUGAAUUUUUUUAACGCCAGAAAUAUGUAUCGAAAACUACAUGAAGUUGUCAAUGAAAUGUGGAAAAAGAAUAGACUAGGUGAAUCAUUCUUAUUUCCAUACAGGGAUUCUUUGGAAUACCAGCCAUCGAAAUUGAAGAUUCUAAGUUAUGACAAAAUAAACCCAGACAACAGUAAUGAGGAUAAUUUAAAAAAAAAUAGCAAUACUCUGUUACCACAGCCAAAGGUUGUGCAAAAGAUCAGAUGGUUUAAUAAUAAAUUGAACUCUGAACAAAAAAGUGCUGUCAUUAACAUUAUGAAAGGUGAAGGGAGACCAAUGCCUUAUAUUAUUUACGGACCCCCUGGAACCGGUAAAACAAUAACAAUGACAGAAAGCAUCAUCCAAGUGUACAAAGAAUUCCCCAAAAGCAAAUUGUUGAUUUGUGCACCAACCAAUUCUGCCGUUGACAUGUUACUGUCUAAACUUGUAAAUUCUGGUUUAUUUGAUAAUACUAUUAUGAAGCGUUUAGUCAGCUAUAAUCAUUUUAUUAGUUCAUCUUAUGACAUGGAUUAUGAUGAAUAUUGUGCUUUACCUGAACUUGAGGGUUCAUAUCACGGUGGUGAAACAGACACUAGGUUAAUUAGAAAAAAUGAAAUUCUCAAGUUACGAAUAGUUCUUUCCACUGAAGGUUCAGCUGGAUUACUGUAUAUGAUGGGCUUAAAGGGUGGAACCUUCACUCAUAUAUUUAUAGAUGAAGCUGGACAAUCAACAGAACCAGAUAUAUUAUUACCACUUUCAUUUUUGGAUCCAUACAGAGAUGGACAAGUUAUAUUGGCUGGCGAUCCCAAGCAGUUGGGACCUGUUGUUAUGUCAUUAUUAGCAAAGCGCUCUGGUGGUCUGGAACUUUCCAUGUUAUCUCGUUUUAUUAAUUACCCGUCAUACCUGAGAGAUACUGACAUGUUUCCAGAACAUAAUGGUUAUAAUCCGAAACUUAUUACACACUUAGUUCAGAAUUAUCGAUCUUUGCCAGAAAUUAUGUUCAAUUUCAAUAAAUUAUUUUAUAAAUCUUUAUUAGUGCCAACUAUAUUAAAUGAUAACGCACAGGAAAGAAUAUUAUUAAAUAAUUUGAAUGAAAAUACUCACUGGGAUAUAGGUUGUAAAGGACCAGUUAUUGUGCAUGGUAUCGUUGGCAAAGAUAGCCAAGAUUUCAGUAGUCCUUCAUGGUUUAAUCCCCAUGAAGCCUUCCAAGUAUUAUUGUACUUUACAAGGUUAAUGAAAUCUGGAAUAUCUGUUGAUGACAUUGGAAUUAUCACCCCAUACUCUUCUCAAGUCUCCAAAAUCAAUGAGUUACUGAAAAUGUACUAUCCAGAUAUCAAAUUACCAAAAGUAGGCUCGGUAGAAAUGUUCCAAGGUCAAGAAAGGAUGGUUAUUAUCAUAUCCAUAGUUAGGAGCACAUCCACAACAGGACACGAAAAAGAUAAGAAAUUUAGUAUCGGUUUCCUUGUUGCCAAUGAACGCACCAAUGUCGCAUUGUCCAGGGCAAAAUCAUUGCUCAUAAUAAUUGGAGAUCCAGCAACAAUGAAAAUGAAUAGAAAUUGGAAUUUUGUACUUUCACAAGCAAUCAAAAAUGAUAACUAUAUUGGGUGCCAUGUCCCAGAUCCAGAAUAA